AUGGCUGGUAUCGUCACGGUUAAACUCAGCGUGAUCAAGAACGGCACGGCCCAAAUGGCGAUGAAAUCUCCUAUUUUCAUACCAGGUCCAGUCGAACCCCAGUUUGGACCCGGUCGAUAUCUGACCUUUGAAGGAUUCAGCGUCGAUCAUAAUGGGAAGCAGCAUCACCUGGAUGCUACUGUUGCCUACAGGGAGACAUGUAGGAGGGUGAUUGAAUACCUGCGUAGGUUUGGGUAUUCGGAUGAACAGGUGUAUCUGCUGCUUAGUUGUGCGCCAGUCCAGGGCCAUAUUGCUGGGCUGGUGGAUAUUCCGAAUGCAUGUACAACGAUGGGGGUGCCCAUGGAUAUUUUCGACUUCGAUAUUCGUCCUGAAGCUGUUCCUAGGAAGAGGGAUCUAGGGAGUUGCGCCUUUACCAGCGAUCGCAAGGUUUAG